GUCACUCGAUUCUUCAACGAUCUUCGACGCGCGUUUCUCGCGUCUCGCGUUUUGCAAUCACAACACGCUUCAUCUGAUAGUUUUCGAAUUUCGGUCGCCGUGAAUUUCAGCGUUUCUCGAUUUUUGACAGCGCAGUAAGAAGACUCACUCAAUGACGUGAGGCUCGCGAGAUCACUGCAGAGCCUCGUCAUUGUGGAACCUGCAACGAUCGUCUGUCGCGGGACGUGUUUCCACUCAUAAUUCAUUGCAUCAGGCUUUUUCGUCAAAGGACUCGUCGAUUAACACGAUUUUACGAUGAAUAUAGUGUGUGGAAUAUGCAGGGAUUUACUGGUGCCGUCCAGCGAUGUCUUCCACACGUCGUGCGGACACAUCUUUCACUUGGAAUGCUUGACAGAGUGGUUGAAGAGAUCAAAGACCUGUCCACAGUGCCGUGAGAGGACUACCGAGAGUAAGAUACACAGGCUAUAUUUCAAUUUCUCUAAUGACUCCAACGUGGAAGAUGCUUCGGUCCUGGAGCAGAAAAUCGAUAACUUGACAUUCCAACUGAACCUGAAGGAGAAGAAUAUCAGUAAUCUCACAGAGACUCAGAGUAAAUUGCAGAGUGUGACAAAAGCUUUGAGAGAAGAGAUCAAACAUGUCGAGAGUGAAAUAAAGUCUAAGAAUUGUGCGAUUGCUGCUUUCAAGGACCAACUCAAGUUUUACAAGCAGGAGUGUGAGGAAGUACACAAUCAGAAAAGGGAGAUUUCACGGUUGAAGAAACAUAUUGAAAACUUGAAGAACUUGCAGAAUCUGAUAGAUGCCUCUGUCGACGAAGUGGAUGAAAGGUUAGGAAUGAUAAGCGAUCCUAACACACUUAUUACGUAUAUAUCUGUAAUGAAAAGAGAAAUGACAGUCAGUUUUAACAAAAGGAGAGAACUCAGAGAUAAAGUCAGCAAACUACAGCGGGAAGUGCAACAGCUCGCUGCAAAAUGUGCCUCUUUGUCAGGGGAACGUAGUAAACGAAAAGAAUUGGAGGAACAAUUGAUAAUAUGCGAGAGUGAGAAGAUACACCUGCAAAAUCAGUUGCAUAAUGAACAGAAAAAAGCGCACAAAUGCGUUUGUAAAGUGCUGAAGGAAAAGCCAGACAGUUUGCAAGAAGAGUAUAGCUUCGAGGAAGAAUCUAACACGGAAACCAAGAUCGACGACGCUUGGGAAGUCGAGGCGAAUGAUAGUUGCACCAUUGUAGAGCCAGACAACAUUACAGAGGACAGCAUCGAGAAUACACCGCGGAACGUAAAGUCGUACGGGUUCUCCUCGAUGAAGAAUCGCGGUAUUAAGAGGACUAACAGUGAUGUAAAAGUACCAUCGAUACUCGCGAAGAAGCCCAAAUUUAAUCAAUCAAAUCAGAAGUUUGCAAGCAGUGGUGUGACCUUCGAUGGUUUCGGUGGACAUGCAAAAUAUGAUAAAUUUCCUAGUCCAACUCUCAGUUUUCACAUGAAGAAAGUCAGAGAUGAGUCGAAGACGAAGAAACCAAAGCUCGAUACCGGUGAUAAUCAGAAACUCAGUGAUAUUUUAUUGGUAUGAUAAUACGGUGCCUAAAUUAUACAGUUGGAUAAGUAUCAUGUUGAACAUAGAAUUCAAGGUUUUAACAAACUUGCAAUAUAUCCAGAACUGCAAAAUGUGUAUCAUAAAUAUGGAAAACAGCAUAUGUGAUUAAUCGCACGGUAAAUUUCUUGACCUAAAAUCAAAGCGAUUUAUUUUUAUAAGUAACUUGAUUUUGUAAUGCAUAUGUAUUUCCUUUUGCACAAUGAUUAUUAAAAUAAUUUGUUUUGC